GCAUAAAUUGGCGCUGUCUGGUGGCCCUCGUUAUGCUGCGGAUCAGGGCAGCAUGAGAUUUUGCGCUACACGAGCAGAAGCAGAAGCAGCAGCAAAAGCAGAAGGCAACAACAGCGCAAUGCCAUUUCAAUUGCUGCGGGCGCGGCGUGUGAGGAGCUGCCAUUAAUCGAGGAGCAGUAAUUAGUGCAACAAGAAGGAAAAAUAACUGCUCCAAUCGCCAUGCAGCUGCCAGUGGCAACACUGUGAGCGCCAUUUCACAACCGUUAAGCGCAACAGUUGCCGUUGCUGUUGCUGUUGCCGUUUUUGGUCGUUCGUCGUUGCAGCGCGCUGCUGUCCUUGAGCGUGCAGCAUGGAGGCCGCGACGACAGCGCAUGGCAAGCGGCAGGACUGUGGCACAUUAACGCGCCAGGACUUCAAUGGCGGACCCGUUAGCAUUGAUGAAAUCGAACCGGGUCUCUUUCUGGGCAAUUUGACAGCAGCUACGCACAUGGAGACGCUGAAAUCCUUUAAGAUAACACACAUAUUAACGCUGGACUCGGUGCCACUGCCGCAGCAUAUUGUGGAGGCGAGUUUCCUGACAACCAAAUACGUGCAGAUCUCGGACAUGCCACGCGAAGAUAUCUUGCAACAUCUAGAGGCUUGCGUGGAGUUCAUAUCCCAAGCCUUGGAGCAGCAGCAGAACGUGCUCGUCCACUGCUACUUUGGCGUCAGUCGCAGCUCGUCGGCUGUGAUUGCCUACAUCAUUAAACGUCAUGGGCUGGACUAUCAGGCAGCGUAUGAACUGGUCUUGGCCAAGCGUCGCUUUGUGCAGCCCAAUGCGGGCUUUGUUGCCCAGCUGAAGCUCUUCCGUCGCAUGGGCUAUAAAAUAGAUCCCAACUAUCAGCGCUACAAGAUGCAUCGAUUGCGUCUCGCUGGUGAACAAAUGCGCAAGGCUAAGAUCUUGCCACAGAGCUUCCAUAAUGUGGUGCGUCCCGAUCCGGAUAUCACACGCGAGAAUCCUGAACCAAUUGUCUUUCGUUGUCGUCGCUGUCGACGCGUGCUUGCCUCCAAGUCGCAUGUGCUGGAGCAUCGGCCUCGUGGCACACCACAGCACCAAGAACAGGAGCAGGGACCGGAGCAAGAGCAAGGGCAACAGCAGCAGCAGCAGCAGCAAAAACAGCUUGCCGGAGCCACUGGAUCGGUCUCGGAGCCACGUCUGCUCGAUCAGCUGGCGGAGCGCAUACGGAAAGCUUCGCUCGGCUCGCCCAGUCACGAGAACCUCGUCACUGCCGCUGCUGCCGCCGCCGCUGUCUCUGGCUCCGGCAACAACAAUUGCCGCAGCUUAUUAUUUGUGGAGCCCAUCGCCUGGAUGCACCGCAUCAUGCUCAACACCCAGGGUCGGCUCUACUGUCCCAAGUGCGAGCAGAAGAUUGGCAACUUUAGCUGGGUGAAUGCCUGCCAGUGUCCUUGCGGCGAGACGAUGACGCCCGCAUUUUAUUUAAUACCUUCCAAGGUGGAGCUCUCCAAGGCCGUGCAAAACGUGCAGACAACGGUCUAAAUUUUGUCUAUA